AUGUUAAUUUUUUUAAAAUAUGUGUAUCAUAAAUUUCUAAUAUCAAUCGUUCUUUUCUUUUGUUCUCAUACUUUUGUUGAGAAUUAUAAUAUUCAUAAGAAAAGGAAAACAUUCAUAUUACCACCAAGGCUUAAGAAAGCAUUUUCAUAUAAGCCUAAUAAAGUGAUUAACACAUUUGAAAUAGGAUUAAAAGCGGAUGAAGAGUUGGAUGAUUAUAAAUAUUUCACGGAGGAGGAGUACAUUCCUCCACUACCACCUGUCGAAACGUGGGAAGAUUUAAUACUCAAAGAAGAGAUAAGAAACAAAAAAGAAGAUCCAAAAAGAAAUGCUGACGAUUAUACAUUAACACACGAAAGUAGAGAAAAAGUACUGGAUAUUAUACGACAAACACGUUUAAUAAAUCACUGUAACUAUGAAAUUCAAAAAAACAAACAAAAAAAUAUUCUCUAUUUUGUAACACCCAAAAUUGGACCGUAUUGUAAACUGAUGGAAUACGAUAAAGAAAAGAUGGAGAGCUUAGUUAGCAAGGUUAAAGAAAAGUUUGGUAAGAAAGUAGAAAUUGUUAAUUUAAAGUUGGAUGUAAAGAUGCCUUUAUUUGAGAUUUUUUUACAAGCAAGUAUUCACACACAAAUAAAAAUUUUUUAUGCUCGUGGUAGAACCUUACAAUAUAGAUUACCACCUGUAUUUUGGACCAGGUGCAAAAUAUUAAAGGAAAAUAAAAUAUUACAAGAAAAAUAUGGUGGAGAAUGUGCCCCUGGAUUAUUCCCACAAUAUGAUGAAUAUAAUAUAAUGCAAAUUAUGACUGAAUGUGUAUAUAAUGAUAAAUAUAAUUUUUAUGUUUAUGAUGUUAAUUUAGAAUGGGAAAAUUUAUGUGCUCUUACACCUGAAAAUAGAGAAUUGAGAAAAAUAGUUCAUCAAAACGUUCAUGUCCCAACAAGGUUGGCAGUGAUUAAGGCAUUCGAGCAAGGUGUAGAAGACUUUAGAGAUGUUAUUCGAGAAGAAUAUCUUAUUAUGCUCAGAGAGCAAAGAAAAUUAAAAGAAAAUAAAAAAUAUAAAUUUUAA